AUGGAGAGAGCGGGAGAGCAGAGUACGGCGGGCAGGGAGAGCAAGGAUGAGGAGGAGGCUUGGCUGGGCGACGGAGCAAGGCAAGCGCAGGGCGGCGGUACUGGUGGCGUUCGGCUCCGGCAGCUGGGCGAGAGGAGGCACGGCUCCGACGGCUGUGGCUCGCAGCGAGGGCCGAGGCGACGUCGCGGGUCAGUGCGACGCAGCUCCGGCGGCGGCGGCUUCGGCGCUGCGGCGGCCCCAACAGAUGCGAAGGGGAGGGGCGAACAGAGGGAGCCAGAGCUAGAGCGUGAUGUCGAGCGGCGGCCAGCCGAACGGCGACCUCGGCAGUCAGCUUGCCUGUGCGGGUGCUCGUGCUUUGGAAGCCAGGCAUCCAGGGAGCUUGAGCUUGGUGAGCGGGCACCAAUGGUGGAGUUCGCCGGCUUUUAUAGCCCGCGAGGGAGCACACAUGAAUGCCUUGGGUGGGUCGCUGGAUUUAGUACAUUUACCUUCAGUACAAAUUACUCUCCCCCAAACAAGGAUAGGAAUGGAGAAUUGUCAGCAGAAGGAAUAGCUGCAGAAUUGAUGUCUGGUGAGACAAGAAUAGCAUGGAUAGGGAUUUCCAGACAAUGCCACGUACGCGCCCCAUACAGUCCUCAGAAAUUUACGCAGGCAUGUCCAGAUGUCCUGAAUCCUAAUAACACCUAUCAGGUCGUCAGAAAUUUAUGGUUUCUGAAGCCUGAAAUGCUGCUGGGGAAUGCUGGCACUGCAUACACCGAGUGCACUCUGCGCGAAAUGAUUUUGAUUUUCCCUAGCAAGUUGCAACAGUGUAUAUCUAUAUACAUACUGCUUGAUGGUAGUACCGCAUACGAGAGGCACCUAUGGAUAAUUUAG